ACUCUCGAUCGCCAUGAAAACAGCUUCAUCUCUCGCUCUCUCUCACGCCCAGAGACGCAUAUGUACGCACACAUAAGAUAGCUGUGGGUCGUGAUAAUGCAGCGGAAGGCUUGUUUGAAGAGAACCCAGAAAGUAAACCUCGAACGAGCGUUCUGUUGUCCGGCAAGAAAGACAGCCAGAUAGCUAUACGCUCGUUUGGUCAUAUGUUUUUCAAGAUUGCAUAACGCCUGUUUGAUGAAAUGCUUCAGUGGAACAUAGGAGCUGGCAAUGUGGUUUUUACAGUUGAUGGGAGGAUAGUGCGUGGGAGAUGAUUGUGCGGAAGUGGUGUAUUCAUGGUUCACGAAAAACUAAGCUUUACCCAUCAAUCGAAUUGGGAUCCGUUUCUAGAUCCCCGACCUUGAACCAGACAACGUCCUAGUCUCUGCUUCGGGAAUCGUGAAGGUACGAAUCCAUAUGUAAACAGGGUUGUGUGCGAUUAAGCUUCAGAUAUUCGGUUUUGUCCACAUUGGAGAUUUUGAUUUCUGAAGCAUAAGUUGGUGGCUUUUAGCUUGUUAUUUGUCAUGGUUGUUCAUAUGAAGAUUCGAGGCAUUUGCUGUUUUGCUAAUUUCGGAAAACUCGACGCUCUCAAGUGCACGUACACUGCCUUUGCUAGAUAUUGUCACUCUGAACCGCUUGGUGUCACUUCUACUUAUUUGGAGCCAUUACCUUCAUCAAGUAACAAGAAUAGUGUGGCCAUCUUUUGGGAUUUAGACAACAAGCCUCCUAAUUCGUUCCCUCCAUUCGAUGCUGCUAUCAAGCUAAAAGCGUCAGCUUCUUCAUUCGGUGUGGUCCAGUACAUGGUGGCUUAUGCUAAUCGUCACGCAUUCAGCUACGUCCCUCCAGAUGUUAGGGAGCAAAGGAAAGAGAGGAAGGUGUUGAACAAGUUGGAAAAUAAGGGUGUGAUCAGGCCGAUGGAGCCAUACUUGUGUCGUGUCUGUGGGAGGAAAUUCUAUACGAAUGAAAAACUCAUUAAUCAUUUCAAGCAAAUCCAUGAGCGUGAACAUACGAAGAGGGUGAGUCAAAUAGAGUCCGCGAGGGGGAAGAGGAGGGUGAACUUGGUUGCCAAGUACUCGAUGAAAAUGGAGAAGUACAAGAAUUCCGCGAGGGAUGUUUUGACCCCCAAAGUCGGGUAUGGUUUAGCAGGUGAGUUGAAACGAGCAGGGUUUUUUGUGAAUAUGGUCUCAGAUAAGCCUCAAGCGGCAGAUAUUGCAUUGAGGAAUAAUAUAGUUGAUGUGAUGGAUAAGAGGAAGGCUGAUUGUUUGGUCCUGGUCUCGGAUGAUUCAGAUUUUGUGGAUAUUUUAAAGGAAGCAAAAAUGAGGUGUCUUAGGACAGUUGUUGUGGGAGAUAUAAACGACGGACCUUUGAAGAGAACAGCAGAUGUUGGGUUCUCGUGGAGGGAUAUUCUGAUGGGAAAGGCUAAGAAAGAAGCUGCAUCAGUUGUAGGCCGUUGGAAUGACCGUGACAUUUUGAAGAGGCUGGAGUGGACUUACAACCCAGAGGUGGAUAGAAAAAUGUCUGAUUAUUUUGAUGAGAGUGAAGGCCAGGAUUUUGAAGACAGUGAUAGCGGGGUAGAUGGUGACUUUAUAGAAAAAGAUAAUACAAGAGCUUGGUGGGAUCUGGACUCAGAUGAUGAAGUUGCUUCUUCUCAGGCAUCUCACCAAUCUUCAUGAUCGUUGAUGAAGGCAAUUGAUUUGGCACAUAUAUCUGUAGAUGCAGAAUCAGUUAAGUCAUCGAUGUUUGACGCUGCAUCCUUCAGGCUGAGCUAAUUGGGGAUGAUGAUGCGGCAAUGCGAUCAAGCUUAAAGGCUUUAAGUUAAGUUGAACUCCUACCUGAGCAGAUCCAGUACUAUUUUCAUGUGGCGGAAAAUGAGCAAUAAGUUUGGGCUGAACCAUCAAUGGAUUAUCCUCUUGCAUGAUCUGUCAUGGGUUACUUCAACGGCCUUAGGAUGCUCAAAAUUAAGAUUCAAGUGUUUUAAUUGAAUGUGAACUCUGAGAAUUUUAAAUCUUAAGGCAUUUUACAUUCUCUCUGCUGAAGCUUUUCUUCGGGGAUUUUGAGCUCUGUUUCUAUAUAGCUCGAUACAUGAGUUUUUAAUAUAUAUAUUUCCGAUUAAACAGAAGAGGAAUAUUAAACAUUACAUUUUACUGGA